AUGCCUUCGAAAAAGCAAUACGAUUUAGUGCAAAAUGACGAAAACGACACGAGAAUUCCACUUCAUCCAGAGGAAGCAUUCCAACACGGAAUUACAUUUCAAGCAAAGUUUCAUAAAUGUAAUUUUAUCACUACGAAAAACUGGAGUUUAGUUUAA